AGGAACCACCAGAAUGCCCACACAUCUGCUUUCCCGCACCCAAGUGUGCACCCGCUCGUCUCUGCAGAAUGCGGCCCACGACGAUAUCGCCGGUGAUGCCUGCUGUGCACGGCCAUUCGACAAUCUCCGCCCCCCACCCAGCGGCGCUGACACGUCGGAACGUCCGAAGCAAGACAGCAAAAGCAACAUAUGCGCGCGACGACCAAACUCGCGGUUCUGGCGGCGGCCUGCGUGGCGCUGAGCUCCAGCGGCGUAGGCGCCGACAUCUCCUUCAGCACAACGGAUCUGUCAGGGGCAGGUAACGCCGGCGUUGUCGCUUCGGACGCCGGUACUGGCAAGACGCCGUGCCCCUCACUGCCACAGGCGGCCGGCGUCGCUGGAUCGACGACAACAGAUACAGCGCCCCCAGCAGCUACGGAAGCGCCGGUUGCAACGGAAACCCCGGCGACAGAAGCCCCUAUAUCCACCGAAGCUCCGGCUGCAAUAGAGGACCCUGCAUUCACCGAAUCACCAACAGCGACUGAGAUGCCAGUAGCUACAGAGGCAGCAACAGAGGUGCCAGCAGCCAUUACGACAGCCAAGACGCCGUGUCCGUCGCUCGCCCAGCCAUCGCUUUCUAGCAGUUCUAGUGGCGAGUCCAGCGGCAAUAGCAGCGGCAAGAGUCCUUGCCCUUCGUUACAGACAGCAUCGACAUCGUCAGACGGCUCUGUAUCAGCACCCUGCCCGUCGCUAAAGGUGAAAACCCCUUGUCCGUCACUUUCUACGGCCUCCAAGUCGUCAUCGGAAGACGCCGCUAGUGGCAGCAGCGAUGCGGUGGAAGUAGUGAUUUCAGGACUGACGGUGGCUGUGGUGUCGGCGUCGGCCUUGCUUCUGCUCUAGUCAUCUCAUCGGGUAUGCGUUUAUUGGUGUCGUCGUUGUCGAUUGAUGAAUAUGUGUGAAUGCGCUACUGUAUGGCAUGUAGUACCGCUAGUGCUUGCCGUGCUAGGGAGAGCAGCAACCGAGUAAUAUAAAGAUAUUGCGUAUUUUC